ACAACACCUGAGACCUGUACAAUAUGAUUUAAUAUUGCACCUCAGCCAAGGUGCUUACAAGGACGAAUGACUAGACGGCUCUGUGUUCAAUCGUUUCAAAUUCAUUUCAGGUCGAAGACAUUGUUGUCGUUGCGGUCUUCGCUGACAGUUUCCAUUGAACAGUGCGUGUACGUGCUUUUCAUUCAUUCAUCAACCAGGCUAUAAUAGUUGUCGGGUACCUUGCACAAUUGAGGGCGUUUCCGAUCCCCCGACAGGCCUGUCACCUGAGUUCUAUAAAAACGUUAGUUGUUCUUCAAAAUGAGUCGCAAAAGCAAGAAAGAAAUUGGGCCUCUAGGUGGAAGGCCGUUUCCCUUCCUCAUGAACGAUGAACAAGUCGAGGCCGAGCUGACCGCCCUGCAGAGAGAGCGGGAGAAACUGAUGAAGAAGAAGAAGGUUCUGGAGUUACGACACGAGGUGGCGAGGCUACAGAUGGAGGCGGACUCGUCCCAGCCGCCUCCACCGCCUCAGCUGCACCGGUCAGCAUCUCAGGGGCAGAGGAGGGAGUCCAGACGGUACUCCAGUUCAGAGUCGAGGCGCCAGGGGGAGACAAACACAGUGGUCUACAACAAGAAACCCUCCCCGGACAUAGAAAGGUCCAACAGAGAGCCCAAGACUCCUCCCAGGACCACCCCUGAUGUCACACCUGAGUUCAAGAACCCACCAGGUAUAACAGUCCAGCGGAAGAAUUCCAGGGCAUCUAGAUCCAGCACGUCAAGUCGUACGGAACCCCCUCCUCCUGCUCCUGAUCGCGAUACCCCUGUCUUCAGAAACCCGCCUCCUUUCGACCUUGUCGGCAUGGACACCCUUCGCGGAGCACCGCCGGAUAUGGCCCCGGAAGUGUUCCCUCCGGAGGGGUCAAGGUCAGGGGAAACUGUGACGUCACCAGAGACCAGUUCAAGUGCCCAUUCCAAGCAGAAGGAAGAAUUUCUCCGAAGGAGGAAAGAGAAGAAGGAGGGUUCCUCUUCCCGCCAUGGCUCGGUCCGAUCCACGACUUCGUCUGUGAGACGCUUCAGCGACCUGGGUCACCAGCCUCGGACGGGGACGAUGUCGUCUGUCCGGUCGCACAAGGACGUCGGGGGGUCCCCGGUCGCCCCUCCCCGCCACGGCAAGAAGUCUGACCCCACCAGUCCAACAUCGCCCGGCCAAACGGCACUGUUCGACUUCACCCAACCGUCCGGGUCCGUACGCUCAAGAACCGGAGUCCCCGCGGCGUCUGCUGGCACACCCCCUCCUCCCCCACCGCCUCCCCCUCACCCCUCCGCACUCCCUGCCCCCUUAGUAAUCCAAAGCGGUGCACGAAGGACAAGUUCUGAGCCUGUCCAGAGAAACCACGUGGUUGUUCCGGAUUACGGAAGAAAUCCCCCGCAAAGUCCGGAGGGUGCGGUCAGCCUGGCAGACUUUAUCAAACAAGCCGGAGUGAAACAUCAACACAAGUAGCUAUAUAAACUGUAACGGUCAGACUCUAACACCAUUAUCAACAGCAAUUCUAAUAUUUCUCAACUACCUCCUAUGAGUCAAUUGUCUCGAAGUUGUCAAAUCCUUACACAAUGUUAUUAAUUGGAGAAUCCUCUUAACAUUUAAGAGUUAAUUGUGUACAUCAUCGCUAUUUUACUACUAUGGUUCUCAACAUGCGGUUAUGUUUUGUUAUUUUGAUAUGAUAUGAUAGUGCUUACUAGUUACAAUCAUACCUUUUGUAGUAUUUACAUAUGUAACUAAUGCAUUGACUUUCAUCAAUUUGUUGAUCUUUUUGUGUUUUUUUAUGACUUCUCUUGUAAAAAGUACUGAGUUUGGAACGAGCAAGUACUUUUGGGGUAUGGAAAAAUAACUUGAGAAUGUUCCUAUUGCGAUAGAGGACGACAGCAAAUAGAUAAGGCAUUAACUGGCUUCGCCCCUAAGUCGUCACCAAAAAACAUGUCGAAAUGAAAACAGAUUCUGCCGCCAUUUUCUCCACCCCUCACGAUUAUUUCUGGUUUAUCCCUAUCUCUGUAAGCUAUUUAUGAAAUGAUGAACACACUCUUCAUGUGAUAACUAUGAAAAGUAUGUUUUAUUACAAAAUUUGAUACCUGUAUGAGUCGGCUUUGUUCAUUUUGUAUUCAGCUCUACAUUUAUGGCAUGCAGUUCUACAUUUAGCCGCAAUGUGACGCUUUAUAUGUUCAACAUUGACAGGAGACAGUCGCGCUCUAAUGUCUUGCCUCCGAAUUCAAAGUCACACUUUUCACAUACCAUAUAGCCAGCUAGCUCCUAAAAUUACGCAUAUAUAAUCCCUUUCACAAUAGAUGUGGUUAACCUACAUGAAAUGCCAGUUCAUUCCAGUAUGAAAGUUUUCGU